AUGCCACAGGAACAGUCCGAGGAGGUAGGAAAGGCACUUCAGACCUGCGUAUCCCACCUUGACUCCUGCCUCAAGUUUGGUGAGCUAAUAGGCACUUCGCAAUGGACCUCUGAUGACGACUGGGAUCUAUCAAUUGCCUGGAGCUCGUUUAUGGACAAUUUCAACAUUGCCAGCCACCUGCUCAACUUGGCCGAGCUGGAUCUCCAUCUGCUCCCUGGGCUGCAACCCCAAGCAAGCCCUAACCCCCGCCUUGUGACCCUUGGCCUCAUCCGUAGAGAGUCGACUCCUAGCGCAACCUCAUCAAGAGCAGAAACAAUAGAAUACUGGGAGGACUUACGAGGCAGACAAGAGCAGGAUCGCCUGGCAGGCCGUCGACAAGACAGCAUUCCCUCCAACUUACCUCCACCAUACCAACCACCGAAGUCCCCCAUCCGCAUCCUGGAUGACAAGGGCCACCACGGCGACCCCCAACUGCACGUGGUCCACCGCGUCGCUUCUGAGUCUGCACUUGACAUCUCGGCACCUAGCGAUACAAAAAUACGCUUCUCCGCAACUUCUCCCGGACCUGCGUCCGACGCCUUCCAUGAUGAUGCACUGGCAGCCGCCGGGAGCUCCCCCCCGAUUCUUCACACCUCCGCUCCCGCCGCAGAGACCACUGGCAUACAAGCCCAGCUGCACGUCGCUACGCGAGACAGCGGCGCUACAUCUGCUACGGCAGGGGGCGCCGGACCUUAUACUGCACGCAUUCAAGCCUGGGGUUACGUGCGAGCAUGGCGUGGUGCAUUUUAA